GUCGUUUCGUCUGUUCAAUUCCGUUACCCUAAAGUGUGUUACUUCACUUGAAUAUGCUUUGUUCCUGAACUCGUGGAGGCUGCAAUUGACUUCCGGUUGCAAUUGAUGCCAAGUACUGGAUGAUAACCAUUUCAAUUGAAGUUACCUCUUCACUUUUGAAUUAAUUAUAACUGUUGUUGCUGAAAAGGGUUAAACCCCAGGAAUUUCACUGCCAGAAAAGUUCAGUACUAUGGAGACUGAAGCUGACUCAAGAGAUAGUUCUCUCAUUCUGCUCAAGCAAGGAGCUGAAGCUAGGGUUUUUGAGUCUUCUUUUGUGGGAAGGAAAUCUGUUGUCAAGGAACGUUUCUCGAAGAAGUACAGGCAUCCAAUUUUGGAUUCAAAAUUGACCCUCAAGCGCUUAAACGCGGAAGCAAGGUGCAUGACCAAAGCAAGGAGACUUGGUGUUCGCACUCCUGUGCUCUAUGCUGUGGAUCCUGUGUUGCACACUUUAACAUUUGAAUAUGUUGAGGGGCCUUCAGUCAAAGAUGUACUUCUCGAAUUUGGGUCACGUGGUGGCGAUAGAGAGUGGCUGGACAAUAUUGCAUCCCAAAUUGGUGAUGCAAUUGGAAAAUUACAUGAUGGUGGUCUUGUUCACGGUGAUUUAACAACAUCAAAUAUGUUACUGAAGAGUGACGCCAAGCAGUUGGUUCUUAUUGAUUUUGGAUUGAGCUUCACUUCAACUCUACCAGAAGAUAAAGCUGUUGAUUUGUAUGUUCUGGAAAGAGCUCUUAUUUCAAUGCAUUCUUCGUGUGGGAACGUGAUGGAUCAGAUACUUGCUGCUUACAAGAAGUCAUCAAAGCAGUGGUCUUCCACAUUGAACAAGCUAGCACAAGUGAGACAAAGAGGACGAAAGAGGACAAUGGUUGGAUGAAUCAUUCUCGAAUUUCAUUUCAUUAUUGAGAUAAAAGAGAUGACAACUAAUGAAUGUUAUUAAUGUAAUUUGUCUUUAGGUUCUCUCUGUUUGCAUAUUUGUAAUAUGCUUAUCUCAUACAUGAAUUGAACUUUUGGUUGACAUUUAUUCCUACUUCACGUGCAACUGGCAAACCAAAAUUGUUGUUACUGUUCUGAUAGCUUAUGUUGAUAUGUCCAAGGCUCAAAA